AUGGGCUACUUCCCCUGUGCCCCACUGGGGCCAACACUUGCUGUUAGCCUACAGCUUCUUGGCUUGUGCAUACCUCCAAACACUUCAGCAUGGUGUGAGUCCCUUGAGGCAUACCUUGCAGCUAUGGGUUAUGAGGUGGACACAAAGGAGGGUAUAUGCCAGAGGUUCAGUAAUGCAUAUCACUGGUAUUGUAUUCUGGAAACAUCCCUUGAUGAAUAUGUCCAACAACAACUGCAAGAAUCUGCUAGUCCACCAUCAAACAUCCCCUCUGCAAUCCCAUUGCCAAGUUCCCCAGACAAUGAUGUCCUCAGUUCAAAGAUGAGGCCAUCAGAAUACCUACAACAGCAUUGUCCUCUAUGCUUUGGUGGCCAGAGCUGGCAGAGCAAUAAUAGUGAACAUGGCUUUUCUGAUGUUGAUGCAAUUGUUUGCAUUGAUGCUUGUUUUACUCAGAAGUGCAGAAGUGGGCAUCCAGAUGAUCCAGUAAACCCUACAGCUACAGUCUUUCUUUCACAAGAAGAUAUUUGUGCUAUGGAGCAUGAGGUUAAUGAGUUGCAAAAGUCAAAGUCUUCAACCCAAAGGAGAAGUGGACAGCCUUUGAAAAAGAAUUAUCUUGGUGAUGGGGAGGAUGAGUUUGAAGAGGGAAUGAGGAUAACAGUGUCAGUGCUGAAGGGUUAUAAUGAGUCCUUUACUGCAGCUGAUGAGAGGCACCAGAAAGCAAGUACCCAGUUCUUUUCAGAUACUGGUGUCAUGGCCCUACUCUGUCAUCAUGAUUGUGUCAUUUACCUUGCAAAUAUGACUUCAGCUGGGGAGAGGCAACAUUAUGCACUUGCCCUCAUCAAAUCUCUUUUUUUUCAUCUCCCAGAUAAUUUUCAUAUUGGGCUGUUAUAUGACAUAGGUUGUCAACUGGAACAGAGCUGCAGGAAGUGGGGUUUUCUCAAGUCAUUUCUGCCACAUAUUUCUUUUGCCAUCUCAGUAUUUCUUGCCUUUGGUCAUCAAUGGGCAUGUCAGCUUAUCUAUCACCCCUGA